AUGAGCUCCGACGAAUCUCCUCCUGUCGAAUCACCUAUCGGUCUUGGCGCGCCGCCACCCGAGCCCAACGACGACCUCAAAUCCAUCCUGUCGCCUAUCCUACCCUCUUCACCCGCACCUUUCAACAGAGCCGACUUCAUACCACUCGUCACCGUUGUCGGAUUCCAUCAUGCUAGAGGCCCUGAAGUCGAGAAUUGGUUUGGAGCCCAAGAGGGGACCGAUCCAGCGGCCGACUAUGGCUGGUCUUUACUACCUUUUAUGGCUUUGAGCGAUGGUGCGCACGCAUCGGAAGAGGACUUCUCUUACUUUACACUUCUUCGCCCAGAGACAGAAACGAAGCCCGCUACUUCACUCUUUGGAAUAUCAUGUACUCGACAACUCGACUCAACUCAACUCAUCAACCGCCCUGCCGACGUUACACGUUCUACCGUUCAAAAGGCUGUUGUGGUUAUUGCCGAUAGCCCUCAGUUCUUUGGCAUGCUUCGUGAGCGCCUGAGUAUCGUGACGCAGGCUUGGUUCGCUCAGCGCGAGUUUACCGAUGUCGAGAUCCUCCGCAGGUUUCAGGAGAGCCUGGCAGAUGAGAAGAUGAAGGGCGUGCUGAAUGACCAAGUAGACCGAGACCAAUAUCUUGGUAUGAGUCUUCGCGAGUUGAUCCAUGAGUACAAAUGGCAAACAUUAGUUCUCCUGAAGUGCUGUCUUCUUCAGCCCAAGAUGCUUUUCUUCGGCUCGAGAUGUGAUAAGUUGUGCAUGAUGCAAUUUUCUCUUUUGUCCCUGAUACCUGGCCUCAUUCGCAACCUGCAAGACAGUGCAGACCCUGAGCUCAACAGUUAUGAGACGAGCCUGUCAAAGCCUACCAGUUUGCGGACUAGUGAUCGCAACUCUUUGCUAUGCUACAUGGGCCUUCCUCUUCAGAUAUUUGGCAAGGGAAGCUUAUUUGGGCCUUACACCCCCUUGCAACAACUCGAUAUUCUUGCCGACUUUGGCACAAAAUCCUACAUCGUCGGCAGCACAAACUCUCUUCUGCUCCAGCAGAAAGACCGCUAUAGUGACAUUCUCAUUAACUUGGAUGAGGAAUCAGUUGUCAUCAACUCACAACAGCUCAGAACCGCUCUCACCCUCACAGCUGCGGACCGAAGGUGGAUAGAUUAUCUGACCCAUGAGAUUAACGAGACAUGGGAUGAUGCCAAUCCCAACAGGCCCAAGACGCUAAAGUACGUCGGCAGUGAGGAGUUUAUUAGGCUACAGUUUGAGGAGUACAUUCUUGCACUCAUCUCCUCUGUCAAAUAUCACAACUAUCUCACUUCCAACCCAAAUAACCCCAAGGCAAUUCUUCCUGAGGUCGAGGGUGACCCUGUUGCCGACUUCGGCUAUGAGUGGGUAGAGGCUUGGAAGCGAACCGAGAACUAUCGCAUGUGGAACUCACACACUGAUUCUCAUCUGUUUGAUAUUGUCGACCCUCGGCAUCCUUGCGCAGGCGGUCUCAACAUCGAGGAUGUUCAACGCCGUAUUGCAGAACAAGUAAAAGAGCUACAUCUGGACGAGCGCUUUGCCCAAGGCCGAGAAGUCCUUGGCAGGAAUCUCGCCGCUGGUCGAGAAAAGGCUUCGUUUGUCCUCAACAAACUUUAUGCUGAUAUGGAAGCUCUACGAGAAGCCCAAAGACGCCGUGCCGAGGAAGCGCGAGCAGCGUCUCCGCCAGAUGCAUCCGGCCAGUCUACUGGGUCCGAUGCAUCUAGAGCUGGGCAGACGGGGCAAUCAGCCGGUGCACGAGCGGGAGCUUACAUCGGUAGUUGGGCCGCUUGGGCUGGCGAGAAACGUCGAACAAGUGGCUGGGGAGGCGGCUGGGGUCGCAAAGCAAACACCAAGCCCGACAAGUCAGCCGAUGACUCUACAUCAAGCAGUCCAAUCGACAGAGAUUACCAGAUGAUUAGCGCUCCCAUGUCUCGAGGGGGGAGCUCGGAUGAGCCAGGCCCAAGAACACAAAGAGGAGCGAGCUUCAGCGAGAGCAUACUCUCAGGGGUCAGCGAGCCAAAUAGCCGACCAACUUCAGGAACCAACAAGCCUUUGCCUGGCCCGCCAGUACCCAAAAAGGAGGACGACGGAUUUCAGACAGAGGGAGUCGUUGGUUCAAAGGACAAAUUGGCUGGCGCAAGCACUCAUCCUGAUGGAAACGGUGUAGCGGCGAAGGAUUGA